CUUAGAGAAUUGGUAUUACAAAAUAUUGAUAGUGAUGACUGGAAAUAUGAAGAACGCCAAGAUUGAAGUGGAUGCUUUAUCCAUCUGCAUGGGCAUCAACGGAUUAGAGUUUAUGAUUCCACUAGCAUUCUUUGCGGGUACAGGAGUAAGAGUAGCAAAUGAGCUGGGAGGCGGCAAUGGAAAAGGAGCCAAGUUUGCAGCCAUUGUGUCAUCAACAACAUCAUUAGUAAUUGGCCUUCUCUUUUGUUGCUUAAUUGUAAUAUUUCACGACAAAUUUGGUCUUCUUUUUUCCUCUACCGACAUUGUUCUUCAAGAAGUCAAUAAACUUAGUAUCCUCUUGGCCUUCACUAUCCUCUUCAACAGUGUCCAGCCAGUCCUCUCCGGUAUGACAAUUUUACUAUAACUUACUAAUUUGUAUUUCAAAAUUACCUAGCUUUUCAUAAAUAUUUAAU